UUCCCGCGCGAGACGGGGCGGUCGGCGGGAGAACCUUGCGUUGCGCAGUCCGGAGAGGAGCCUUCUCCGUCGUUUCCCAGUUUCCUGCCGGCUGGGGGGCGCUCUAAGCCCCUGGUCAGGCUCCCAGCGACCUGGCCUGGGGCCUCUAUUUCUUGAUGAUGCUUGGACUGUAGCUCUCCCCUGCAGACCAGGGAGAGCUGUCUCCAACAGCGUCCUGUCUCCAACUGUGGAUCCUGAAUCCUUUCUCGCGUGUUCGCAGGUGACUGCACCCUGCCUAGCAUGGCUGUUCCCCUGUCCCCACCACCGCCAGACCCGCAGUUUGUUCUACGAGGCACACAGUCAGCAGUAAAUGCAUUGCAUUUCUGUGGUGGAGCUGAGGUCCAUGGGUGCCCACUCCUCUUCUCAGGAUCUCAGAAUGGUCUUGUUCAUAUAUGGAGCCUGCAGACCCGGAGAGCAGUUGCCACCUUGGAUGGCCAUAGGGGCCAGAGUGUAACUUGGCUGCAGAUGCUGCCCCAGAGCCCUCAGCUCCUCAGUCAGGGCCGGGACCUGCGACUGUGCCUAUGGGACCUGGCAGAGGGCCGAAAUGCCGUUGUGGACUCCAUAUGCCUGGAAAGUGUGGGCUUCUGCAGGAGCUCUGUUCUGGCUGUGGGGCAGGCACGCUGGACGCUUGCAGUGCCAGGGAAAGGCAUUGAUGAGGUUCAGAUUCUGGAGAUGCCAUCCAAGACGUCAGUGUGCACCCUGAAGCCGGAGGCAGAUGCCAAGCCAGGCAUGCCCAUGUGCCUGGGGCUGUGGCAGGCAGAGUCCAGUUCCCGCCCCUUCCUUCUGGCUGGCUAUGAGGACGGAUCGAUAGCCCUGUGGGAUGUCUGGGAGCGGAAGGUGUGCAGCCGUAUCUCCUGCCACGAGGAGCCCGUCAUGGGCUUUGACUUCGACUCUCAGAAGGCUCGAGGCGUCUCUGGCUCUGCAGGGAAGGCUCUGACUGUCUGGAGCCUGGAUGGCCAGCAGGCCCUACAGGUGUGCAGCACUCACCAACUUACCAAUCCUGGGAUCUCUGAGGUUACAAUCCGUCCAGACCACAAGAUUCUAACCACUGCAGGCUGGGACCAUCGCAUCCGUGUGUUUCAGUGGCGGACGAUGAAGCCACUGGCAGUGCUGGCUUUCCACAGUGCUUCUGUCCACUGUGUAGCCUUUGCCACCAAUGGCUUGCUGGCUGCUGGAUCCAAAGAUCAGCGCAUCAGCAUCUGGUCACUGUAUCAGCGUAUGUGACCCAGCCACUCCUGCCUCUAGAGACUCAGAAGACAGGAGGUAGGCAUCUCACUCCAGUGAUGGCCCAGUCAAGUGGACACUGACCAUCAAGGGCCCCUAAGGACCGGCAGGUGUGGCUCAAGGACCAUAGUCUUCACUUUUUCAUGAAGCUCACUAUGGCAUCCAUAUGACAGUGACCCUGACGCCUAGCAAGACAUCUGGUACCUGUAGCCUAUGAAGAGUUCUGGCAUGGGCCUGGCAGUGCUGCCAGCCUGAGCAUAUUGUAUAAUAAAUUUUCUG